CACGUGUUUUAUUUCAACAUGCCGGUUUAAUUGUUGUAAAAUAAUACAAUUAAUAAAUAAAAUUAAGUGUAAAGUGAUAUAUUAAUUCAUGUAGAUAAUUGCUUUUAUUAUUUUAUGUUCAAAAUGUUUCGCAAAUUGCCUAUGAUUGUGAUAUUAGGCUCCACCGGUACGGGAAAGACAAAAUUGUCAAUUGAAUUGGCAGAACGAUACUGUGGUGAAAUUAUAAGUGCAGAUUCAAUGCAGGUAUAUGCUAAUUUGGAUAUUGCAACUGCUAAAGCUACUAAAGAGGAACAAUCACGUGCUAAACAUCACUUAUUAGAUGUGGCCACACCAGCAGAGCCGUACACCGUAACGCAUUUCCGCAAUGCAGCCUUGCCAAUUGUAUCCUUUUUAUAUCAAAGUAUGCUAAGUGUUUUUAGAUACCCAUUGUUUCUUGAGGGUUAAUGGUAAACGUUUCUUUUAUAAACGUAUUAUUAAAUA